UUCUAUAUAUAGCAAAACUCGGCGCCCUUCUGUUACAAUUCACUUUCACAGUUCCUUCUAGUCGUAUUGCCAUGGGUUCCCUAUCCGACCAGCUUCACUUUGUCUUGUUCCCUUUCAUGGCUCAAGGCCACUUGAUCCCCAUGGUAGAUAUUGGUAGACUGUUAGCACAGCGUAACGUGAUUGUUACCAUAGUUACAACACCUCAUAAUGCAGGCAGAGUCCAUAAAUCAGUUGCCAAUGCCACGGAAUCAGGGCACCCUAUCCGUUUAGUGCAACUCCAGUUUCCUUUGAAAGUAGUAGGAUUACCAGAAGGGUGUGAGAAUAUGGACAUGCUGUCUUCUUCAGUAGAGAACUGCUUCAAAUUCUUCAGUGCAGCAAACAUGAUGGAAGAAGCAGCGCAGAAAUUAUUUGAGAAGCUAACACCCAGGCCCAAUUGCAUUAUUUCAGACAUGUGCUUGUAUUACACCAGCAGGAUUGCUAGCAAGUUUCAGGUUCCAAGGAUUGCGUUCCAUGGAUUUUGUUGCUUCUGUCUCCUUUGUCUGCACAAUAUACGCUCCUCCAAGAUACUUGAGAGCAUAACUUCUGAUUUUGAAUAUUUCAUCGUGCCAGGCUUGUCUGACAAGGUUGAAUUUACUAAAGUUCAGUUACCACUUAACUAUGAUGAAACCUGGAAGGAAAUUUUGGAACCAAUGGGAGAAGCUGACCAAGCAUCUUACGGGAUUGUCAUAAAUACUUUUGAAGAGUUGGAGUCAUCGUAUGUCAAAGAGUACAGGAAGGUAAGAAAAGACAAAGCCUGGUGCAUUGGUCCAGUUUCUUUGAGCCACAAAGAUGAGCAAGAUAAGGCUCAAAGGGGUAACACGGCUUCAAUUAACGAGCACCACUGUUUAAAGUGGCUUGAUUCUCAAGAACCGAGCUCUGUAGUUUAUGCCUGUCUUGGAAGCAUCUGUAAUCUGAGGCCCUUACAAAUGAUAGAGUUGGGUUUGGGCUUAGAGGCAUCGAACAAGCCAUUCAUCUGGGUCAUAAGAGGAAAUGAUACAUCAAAAGAAGUAGAGAAGUGGAUUAAAGAGCAAGGAUUUGAGGAAAGAACAAAAGGAAGAGGGCUUGUAAUUUUGGGUUGGGCACCCCAAGUACUCAUUUUGUCACAGCCUGCAAUAGGAGGGUUCCUAACUCAUUGCGGAUGGAAUUCAACAAUAGAAGGCAUCUCCGCUGGUGUGCCAUUGAUAACAUGGCCACUAUUUGCAGACCAGUUUAGCAAUGAGAAAUUGGUAGUACAAAUGCUGAAAAUUGGUGUGAGCCUUGGAGUUAAGAAACCGUUGUUGUGGGGACAAGAAGAGAAGGCUGGGAUUAUGUUGAAGAAGGAAGAUGUUAAAAAUGCAGUAGAUAAAUUGAUGGAUGAAGGAAAAGAAGCAACGGAGAGAAGGAAACGAGCUAAAGAGUUCGGAGAGAAGGCAAAGAAGGCUGUUGAAGUGGGGGGAUCUUCUUACGUGAAUAUGACACUGUUAAUCCAAGAUAUCAUGCAACAAUCUCAUAAAACGUGUUGGAACUCGGGUCCAACCUCACAUGCUGAGGAGAUAUAGAGUGAAAGGUACUAGUUCCGUUUUGAAGUUUACAUAUUUCAAGUGAAUCUGCAAUACAUAUGGUUGUUUUCUUAUAAUCAAAGUGUAAAUUACAGCUCAGUCUUUUUCCUUCCAAAAUCCCAAUGUCUAGUUUCUAAUAAAUUAGUUAACCUGUAUGCAGAGAAAACGGUUAAAUGGUUUCUAGAUAUGAUUCGAUGAGAUUAAUGAAAGAAGUUCAUUGAUCCCUGUA